UUAACUUUCUCAAAGCCAUGUUUUACAAUAAUAUGACUUAUUUAGUAGAUGUUUAUUAGUAGAUGUAUUAUUGUUUAGUCCUAGUUUAGGUUGCUAUAAAAUGGCAGAUGUGGCUGCAGAAAAUGAAGGAUCUCUUCAGUCUCAAAAAGAAGAGGUGGAGGCACUUUCCUCUAUAUAUGGUGAUGAAUGGUGUGUUAUUGACGAAUCAUCAAGAACAUUUUGUAUCAAAAUAUCGGAUGAUCUUCCACACCCCAAAUACACAGCACGUUUACAGAUGAUGCUGCCACACGAUUAUCCUAGUUCAGCACCACCUAUCUAUCAGAUAAAUGCUGCAUGGCUACGAGGUCUUGAGAGGAUUAAACUGUCUAACAGUCUGGAGGAGCUGUAUUUGGAAAAUCUUGGGGAAAGCAUCAUUUUUCUUUGGGUGGAGAAGAUUAGGGAGUUCCUCUUGGGGAAAUCUCAAAGUCUAAAAACAGUGGAACACAAUGCUGUAAGGAAGAAUACAGAGGAGGAAGAGGAGGAUAAUAAUGAAAUAAUAACAGAUUUUGGAGCUCUAAAGAUAAAAGCAGACCAUGCACAUAAAUCUUUGGAUCAUGCAAGUGAUGAUGAGAUACCUAUAAUAAAACAUGGUGAGACAAUAACAGACAGACGCAGCACAUUUCAGCCACAUCUGAGCAGAGUGGUAACACCCAGACAGGUUACAAUGGUGCUGAACAAACUGUACGAAAACAAAAAGAUUGCAAGUGCCACUCACAAUAUAUAUGCAUACAGAAUAUACUGUGAGGACAAGCAGACCUACUUACAGGACUGUGAUGACGAUGGAGAGACAGCAGCAGGAGGGAGGUUGCUUCAUUUACUACAGAUUCUGGAUGUGUGCAACGUGAUGGUGGUUGUGUCUCGGUGGUAUGGGGGUAUUCUUCUUGGUUCGGAUCGUUUCAAGCACAUUAACAACUGUGCGAGAAACAUCCUGGUCCAGGAAGCUUGCUUCUCCUCCCAGGAUGACUCACCCAAACGAGGAGCAAAUAGCAAGAAGCAAAAAAUCAAGAAGACAAAUUAAACAUCAUCCAUGCCUUCAUCAACUCCCUUUUGGACUCCUGCUAUGGAGUGCUGUCCAGGGUAUCCAACGAAGCACUGAACAAGCUUCAGCAUUUCUGGAAGAGCCAGAGUUCUUACCCAGACCAAGCCGUGGCAGAAAAUCAUCCACACCCUCAUCCACCUUCACUGGCUCCAGAUCAAGUCCUUCAUUAUGUAGGGAGUUAAAUAAUGGCCAAACAACCAAACCUUUUCCCCACGGUUUAAAGGAAGAGGGGGAAACUGAACAGAGUAUUAACAUUAACCAAAUAAUGCAAAUACCAAUGGAAUUACCGUUAUCUGAGUCUGUGGGUUAAAUCAGAGCAAGAAUGGUCAAAGUAAGGUUUUGUAAGGUGAAAUUGAUAUUUAAUAAUAUUGUAAAUGAAUUCAAUCAAUUACAAGGCAAACAUGUUACAAAGUGAAGGCUUUAAAUCUUACAUACUCUACGAUGAUUAUUGUAAAUCAGAGAGAGAGUUGAGCAAGGCGUAGGACAAGCCAGAGCUGAUGAGAAGCUAUAGAGAAGCUUCAGUUAUAUAAUUAUAUAACUUCAGUUAUAGAAUUCUAUAACAUACAGUACUGUGCAAAAGUCUUAGGCACAAUAAAAAUAAAAAAGGUUAAGGAAAAAUGCUUAUAAUAAAUAAUGAAAUUUAACAAAAAGUUUAGCAAAAUUGCACUUUUAUACUGCUGCACAAAUAAAAAAAUAUAUUACAUAUAUUUAUUUGAUUAAACGUUGCAUCCAAAUCUCAUACACUUAAACGCCGCCCUCGAAAAAAUGCAGCAACAUUAAAUGUAGAUUUAAUGUCAUUCUUUUUUUUUUUUUUUUACUUCAAAUAGGUACGGUACAAAACUUUCUGCAUCACUAUUAGUAUCCUCAUCUGCCUCCUCACCGACGAGACACCAGAGAUGUCGCCUACUAAUUAAUAAACUGCUUUGCGCAAUUCCUGUGUUGUUCUUAAUUACAAAUUAAAUAAUAAUAAAAGUUGCCCUUGUGUACACACCACCCUCAUCGAAACAUGUAAUUCAAGAAAAGCUGUGGCAUUUAAUUGAAGAA